UUACCAUAAGUUCCUCUGAGACGGAGUUUACAAAGGUUUUACCUUUUUAACUGGAAUCUUGAAAAAUAGUUACCACUUACCAAGACAGACAAAACCAAGAAAACCCGAAGAAGACGAACAGAACUGUCCUAUUUCUAUGCAACAACUCGCUUCUCUACUCAUCACUCUCACUCCACUUUUGAUUGGCCAAAUUCAAAACAGAAUCAAACCCAACUUCAAUUCUCGUCGAACUGUUUAGAUUUUCCUUUUCUUUGUCGGCUGUCCAAGAUUAUUGGGUUGGAGUUCAUAAUCUUGAACAAGAAAAAACAGAGUGUGUAAAUAGUAAUGGUAAUGAGAAAGAAAAAAAAUGAAUGAAUGAAUGAAUGAAGGAACAGGGAGGGACCUACUGCUUCAUUUUUGGCUGGCAGUAGAGGUCACUGUCAAUUAUUUUCUUUUCUUGAUUGAGUGGUCUUCGUUUUAUUUUUCUCUCAACACUCACUAAUCCCCAUCACAUAGUGAGAUCUUGGUGGGUGAUCAAGAAUUAAGAGUUAAGAAUCAAGAUCCUUCAGUUUUCUUGCUUACUAUCUGCCAAAGGUGAAAUACAUUAUUAAAGCUGCUUUCUUUUCUUUUCUUGCCUGGUCUCUAAAGGGAAACUUAAAUUAUUCAACAUUUCAGUCUUAUGAGGAGAUCUUUUACUUUAGUGGAUUUGCUUCUGGUUUUUGUACUGUUCUGUGAUGUUCUGUGGCUUAUCAGCGGCGAUUUGCAUUGCAAAUGGGGUAAUGCUGAUGAUAUUCGGCCUCACAGUGUUACGAUUACGGAGUUUGGUGCAGUUGGAGAUGGGGUGACGCUCAACACGAAAGCGUUUCAAAAUGCUAUCUUUUAUCUUAAUUCGUUUGCUGAUAAGGGCGGUGCCAAGUUGUUUGUUCCGGCUGGCCGGUGGCUGACAGGAAGCUUUGAUCUUAUCAGUCAUCUGACACUGUGGUUAGAUAAAGAUGCAGUGAUUCUUGGAUCAACUAAUUCUGAUGAUUGGCCAGUUGUUGAUGCUCUUCCAUCAUAUGGCCGAGGGCGGGAGUUGCCUGGUGGAAGGCAUCGAAGCCUCAUUUAUGGCCGCAAUUUGACAGAUGUUGUUAUAACAGGUGAUAAUGGAACUAUUGAUGGUCAAGGCAGCAUUUGGUGGACAUGGUUUAAAACUGAAACUCUAAAUUAUACGCGGCCUCAUCUGGUGGAAUUGAUGAACUCGUCUGGGAUAGUUAUCUCAAAUCUGACUUUCAUAAAUUCGCCAUUCUGGACAAUCCAUCCUGUUUACUGCAGCACAGUUGUUAUCCAAAAUGUUACAAUCCGUGCCCCGCUUGAUUCGCCCAAUACUGAUGGGAUUGAUCCAGAUUCUUCUGAUGAUGUGUGCAUUGAGGACUGCUUCAUCAGCACCGGGGAUGAUCUAAUAGCCAUCAAAAGUGGGUGGGAUGAGUAUGGAAUAUCAUAUGGCCGCCCUUGCAGAAACAUCACAAUUCGUCGGCUGGUUGGACAAACUCGAUCAAGUGCAGGGAUUGCUAUUGGAAGCGAAAUGUCUGGUGGUGUAUCUGAAGUUCAUGCUGAAAAUCUUCUGUUUUACGGUUCACAUACAGGUAUUAGGAUAAAGACAUCUCCAGGAAGGGGAGGCUACGUGAGAAACAUUCAUGUUUCAAAUGUAACCUUGAUUGACGUGAAAGUAGCUAUAAUGUUCACUGGUCGUUAUGGGGAACACCCAGAUGGGCAUUAUGAUCCCGAAGCUUUUCCGAUAAUAGAGCAGAUAACUUUUGAAGAUGUCAGAGGAGAUAACAUUAACUAUGCAGGCACUCUGGAAGGUAUAGAAGUGGACUCUUUUCGUGACAUCUGCCUAUCGAACAUUACCCUCAAUGUAACCUCCGAGUCUCCCUGGAAGUGCUCAUAUAUCGAAGGAUAUUCUGAGUCGGUAUCUCCAGAAAUUUGUGAGCCUCUCAGGGAGAAAAUCUCCCCUGAUCAUUACUCGAAUUGCUACCAUCUAUCAAGUUCUUUGCUAAAUUCAAGAUACCAAAACAGAGUUCGAUUCUUGCCAUUUCUCAACACAGCUGCUCAUGGCCAUGGAAAAGAAAUGAUCUUGCUGACAUAAGAAUAGAGUGAAGUUGCUGAUUUGGCAGUGUUGACUUGUGAGAGCAUUGAGAAAUGAUUUUUCCUGUAACUUUGUGUGCAGUAACGAAUAAUUGAGUGAUUGAUAUAUUCAAUAGUAAAAAUAGAGUUAUAUUUUUCAAAACACACAAUGUAGUCUGUUCUUUCACAUAGUCCUAUAUGGUUUAUUUUUUGUUUGUAUCUUUUUUGAUAUUGAAUACAUUUUUUCUAUGUAA